GUGUGGAGCAGGUUGGCGUGAUCGCCGUCUCUAGCCGGUUUGUUUUUGUUCUGUAACAAAGUGACAGUCACAGAGCAGCGGUCGGCUCUGCAAGUGGAGGACGGACACCGUCGUUACGUCUUUGUUUGUGUUUACAGUAACCCCGUUUCUGAUUUAACACCACAAAAUGGGUCCUGGUUAAGGAUUAUUUUGGAAAUAAAGAAGAAUUAAGUUUUUAGGAGGCGAGCUGAUGCGGCCGCUGCCGUGUGUGAAGCCUGGGGCUGAAUUAAGCUGCAGUCGCCGCGGCUCCGCUAACGGAGGAAAGGACACGCCGUUGCGACUCCUUAUUACAGAAGAACAACGAAACAAAUCUCCCUCUGAUUCUCUUCUGGGAGUGCUCUCACUUGAAACGCCGCCAAGAUAGCUGGACCGGGCAGGAAACGGCACAGCUCAGAUCCAGACCCCUGUGGAAGCAGCUCCGGCAGUGGGAGCGAGGUAGGAGACGGCCGACCCAUUAGUGGCAAGUGGCUGAAGAUGGCCAGCAGCAGUACAGGACCCAGUGAAUCAGGCCGGAGGCGAGGUCAGAGAGGACCUGACGAUGUGGUCAGCACCAGUAAGAAGAAGCAGAAGGACAGAGCUAACCAGGAGAGCAAGGAGGCCAAGCGGGCCGCCUCAGCCACCAGCUCAGUGACUAGAAAAGACUUGUUUCUGGACUGGAAGCAGAAUGCGUACGAGGUGAUAGUGAGGCUGAACUGUGAAGAUGCUGGGGUGCUGAGAGUGGAAGAUAUCGAUUAUGCCUUUUCCGAUUCCGCCUGCCACAUCCGUCUGCCGGAUGGCCAUGAAUGGAGCUGUCAUCUCCAUGAAGAGAUUGAAGCCUCAUGCAGUAAACUGCUUUAUAAGGAGAAAAUAAAAGUUCUGCAGCUUGUCAUGCACAAGAAGAUCCCCCUCAACACAUGGCCCACCUUUGCUAACAAGAAAAAGACGGAAAAGGUAAACAUCCUUAGAGAGAAUGGCAGCAACCACCACCAGUCAACCACAGGGCAGUCUGAAAAAUCUGGCGAAAUCAUUGAGAAAAUGCCCACAGUGACCACUGCUGAGCAGAAACGAGGUAAACCUGACCGAGGGUUAAAGCGAGGGAUGAAAGGCAAACAGAUGGAGCUCACCGAGAGCACAGGUGUGAAGGUAGCUGAGAUUAAAUCAAGUGAUAAAGCAGACCCGAUCAAUGAGCCCAGCACAAAGCGCACCACACGACCCUCCAGAAACACAAAGGAGCCCCAACUAGCUCCCUGCUCGACAAAGGAGUCUCAGUCCAAACAAGCAGUUAAUGGAAAAACACAUUCGUUAACUGUGAGCAGUGGUGCCUCUUCAGCUAGUAAUUCAAAAGACAACAGGGUUCAGAUGCAGGUCAAAGGUCAAGGAUGCCAGGCAUCACCAAGAGAAAAAGAGAUGGACAGGAGGCCAAAAAGCAAUGAUCAGGUUGAGGAAAAUGAAAGUAAGACUGUUUCCUCAGUGUGUGAGCUGAAGGUGGCACAGCAGGAGAGUUCUCCUCUAGUGAAAAUGCACACUGGGAACAUAGCAGCUGAUGAGCGAGAAAACAGAAAAGAUGAAAAGAAGCCACAGGUUGAUGCCCAGAUCCCUAAAAUGCUUCCAUCUCAUGAUUUGGUAUCUGGAGCGCCUGUUUCAACAGCCUCUAAGAGAGAGGAGUCCCCUCAAAAGAGCUGCACAGAGGAGAAGAAAGACAAGUCCAAGGAGGAUCCACAUGGAGGGAGCCAAGAGGAGGAUACAGAAGGUCCGGAGCCGAUGGUGAACUUGAAGUUUGUGAAGAAUGACUCUUAUGAGAAAGGGACAGACCUGAUGGUUGUUAAUGUCUACAUGAAAGAAAUCUGCCGGCAGACGUCCAGGGUGUUGUUCAGGGAACAAGACUUCACUCUUGUCUUCCAGACCAGUGAUCCCAACUUUUUGCGCCUUCAUCCGGAUUGUGGACCAAACACUGUCUUUAAAUGGCAGGUUAAACUACGGAAUCUAAUUCAGCCAGAUCAGUCCAGCUAUGCCUUCACACCGUCCCGUAUCGACAUCACCCUGAAGAAAAGACACAGUCAGCGCUGGGGAGGUCUGGAGGCACCUGCCACACAAGGUGCAGUGGGGGGCGCCAAGGUUGCUGUGCCCUCCAGCCCUUCUACACUUGAAAAGAGCCAGCCAGGAAGCAGCAAGCAUGCACUUCCUGCUAAAGAAGAACCACGAGUGGGAGAGGAGAAAGUCAAACCCCCUCGAGCCCCAGAGGACUCCCUCAAACAGGAACCAACUGUUGCUACGCCCAAGCCCACCUGCAUGGUGCAGCCCAUGACUCACACUCCUCCUGCAGGCAGUGAGAGAGCUGAAGAAGUGGAGGAGAAGAAAGUGUGUCUCCCCGGCUUCACUGGACUGGUCAAUCUGGGAAACACUUGCUUUAUGAACAGUGUGAUCCAGUCCCUCUCCAACACACAGGAGCUCAGGGAUUAUUUCCAUGACCGGGGUUUUGAGUCCGAGAUUAACUGUAAUAAUCCAUUGGGCACGGGUGGACGGCUGGCCAUUAGCUUUGCUGUUCUGCUUCGAGCGCUGUGGAAGGGCACUCACCACGCAUUUCAACCCUCCAAAUUAAAGGCUAUAGUUGCCAGUAAGGCCAGUCAGUUUACAGGCUACGCACAGCAUGAUGCUCAGGAGUUCAUGGCUUUCUUGCUGGAUGGGCUGCAUGAGGACCUGAACCGCAUCCAAAACAAACCAUAUACAGAGACCGUUGAUUCAGAUGGCCAUCAGGAUGAAGUUGUUGCAGAAGAGGCGUGGCAGAGGCAUAAAAUGAGGAAUGAUUCCUUCAUUGUUGACCUCUUUCAGGGCCAGUACAAGUCAAAGCUGGUGUGUCCCGUGUGUUCUAAGGUUUCCAUAACCUUUGACCCCUUCCUGUACUUGCCUGUCCCCCUACCUCAAAAGCAGAAAGUGUUGACUGUUUUCUAUUUCGCUAAAGAGCCUCACAAGAAACCAGUCAAGUUUUUGGUCAGUGUGAGUAAAGAGAACUCGAGCACGGCUGAAGUACUGGAGUCAAUAUCUCGCAGUGUGAGGAUCAAACCAGAGAACCUGUGGCUGGCAGAGGUGGUGAAGAACAGGUUCCACAGAAUCUUCUCACCGUCUCAAUCUUUAGACACAGUCUCUUCCAGUGACCUGCUCUUCUGCUUUGAGGUGUUGUCUAAAGAUCUUGCCAAAGAGAGAGUGGUGCUGCUGAAGGUCCAACAGAGACCUCUGGUUCCAAGCAUCCCAAUUACAAAGUGCGCUGGCUGCAUGAAGCCUCCUGCCUCUGACGACGAGAAGCUCAAGCGCUGUACUCGCUGUUACCGUGUCGGCUACUGUAAUCAGGCCUGCCAGAAGAACCACUGGCUCAAUCACAAGACCACAUGCCGGCCCAAUGUGGAGAAUAUUGGAUUGCCGUUUUUAAUUAGUGUGCCUGAGUCUAGGCUGACUUACUCCCGCCUGACACAGCUUCUGGAAGGCUACUCUAGGUACUCUGUCAAUGUGUUCCAGCCACCUUUCCAGUCCGGUCAGACGUCUCCAGAGGCCAGCCUGUCCCAUGUUGACCUGGCCUCCUUGGCGAGCAAUGUCUCAGAGUGUCAGGAGCAGGAGGAGGAACCGUCAUCUGCAGGAGAAGCGGAAAACCAAGUGGAGCAGGGUGACUCUGGCACAGCCCCGCAAACUGAGACCGUGUCUGUGAUCUCCGCAGCAGGUGGGGACACUCUCUCCACACACACCAAUGACUCAGGGUGCUGUGAGCUCGCCACCAGCUCCCAAGAUUCUUUGGUGGAGAAAGAAACAUCAUGUGAAAAGGCUAUAAAACCAGAAGCUGUAGUGACCGGGUAUCAGCAGCCUUCUGAGUCAGCCACUGGAAGUGCGUCUCAAUUCUACAUCACAGUUCUGGACUCAAGCCAAAAGGAGGACAGAAAACUUGAGGACAAAGGUGAUGUGAUACUGGAGCUGCCUGAUGACUGCACGCUGGAGCUGGUGUGGAAGAACAACGAGCGGCAGAAGGAAUAUGUGCUGGUCCGCUCUAAAGAGUUGGAGUUUGAUGAGGACCCUGGCUCUGCUACAGAGACAUCCAGGGCAGGACACUUCACCUUAGAGCAGUGCCUGAACCUCUUUACCAAACCUGAGGUGCUGGCCCCUGAAGAGGCAUGGUAUUGUCCUAAGUGUCAGCAACACAGGGAAGCCUCUAAACAGCUACUGCUUUGGCGUCUUCCCAACGUGCUUAUCAUCCAGCUCAAGCGCUUCUCUUUUAGGAGCUUCAUAUGGAGGGACAAGAUUAAUGAUAUGGUUGAUUUCCCAGUCAGAAACCUGGAUCUGAGUAAGUUUUGUAUUGGUCAUAAGGGUGACAUCCAGCAGCCCCCCAUCUAUGAUCUCUACGCUGUGAUCAACCAUUAUGGCGGCAUGAUCGGAGGACACUACACGGCCUAUGCACGUCUUCCCAGCGACAAGAACAGCCAGCGCAGCGACGUCGGCUGGCGUUUGUUUGAUGACAGCACAGUGACAACGGUGGAAGAGAGUCAGGUGGUUACACGUUACGCCUAUGUGCUGUUCUACCGCCGCAGGAACUCUCCGGUAGAGAGGCCAUCUCACUUACUGGGGCCCCUUGGCGCCGAAUCCUCUGCUGCAACCGGCAGUGCUGCCAGUCAGGCGUCUCUGAUAUGGCAGGAACUGGAGGAGGAUGAGGAGGGGCAGCGAGAGGCCUCUUUUCGGAGCCUGUUCUGCCCUGGGCUGCGUGGAAGAAGAGCCAGGAUGAGGCCAGAGGGAAGAGGAGGGCAUUCUCACCGCAGACGAGACCGCAUCUCAGAUUACUCUGAUGGCGAGCGUCUGAGAUAUUUCAUCAUGGGCACUGUGGCGGCAGUCCUAGCCUUGCUGUUCAACCUCAUCUAUCCUUUGUUGUACUGGUCCAACUGGGCUUAAUUUACUGGUCACUGCAGCCGCAGACCCUCAGCAGAAACGAAAGAUUUGCACUUUGCAUUGUUCUGUUAGUCAUCACUCUUCUCUUAGCAACUUCAAUGUUAUUUAGCUUGGGAGUCACACAGCCUGAUAUAUAUCCAUGCUAUUCAGGGUUGUGUUUUUAUUUUUCAUUUGUUGUUUUACAAUAAUGUCCAGAAUGUUUCAUAAACACUCAGGAAAAAUGUCUUGCAUAAAUAUAAAUGUACUUAGUAUAUGCAUUUUUAUGGUUGACAAAUUCUCAGAGCAUUUAGAAGGACACCAUU